ACUGUGUCAGAGGACUCAUUUGUGUGUUCCAGACAGUCCCAGCAAAACAAAGCCAGCAAGUUAGAGAAGAGGGAAGACACAGAGGGAUUACCAUGGUGGCCAUCACGGAGUUCCAGAAGAUUGGUAUUGGCCUGAUGGGAUUCGGUGCAUUCUUCCUGAUCUUUGGUGUCCUGCUGUACUUUGACUCUGUCUUGCUGGCAUUUGGAAAUAUCCUGUUUCUAUCCGGUUUGACCUUCAUCAUUGGCUUUAGAAGGACAGCCCACUUCUUCUUCCAAAGGCACAAGUUUCGGGGUUCUUUUUUCUUUCUCGGUGGUGUGUCUCUGGUGCUGUGCCGCUGGCCAAUCAUUGGGAUGCUGGUGGAGAGUUAUGGCUUUGUACUUUUAUUCAGGUCUUUCUUCCCCAUGGCCAUGGGAUUUGUGCUGUCAGCUGUGAAUAGCCCUUUCCUCAAUGCAUUUUUCCCCAGCAGCUCCUCCAUGGUCUGAGCAGAAGAAUGUGAUGUUACAGCAGUGAAGGAGGAUUGUGG